CUCCAAACCCAAGUUUCUCUCUCUAAGCCCAACACGGUUUUGACUAUUUUUUAAAAUUUUCUUUUUCAAUUAUUUCUUUAUUUUUCAACUAAUUUUAAUUAAUUAAUUUACAAAAAAUUACGAGGAAAGGAAAUUAGAUCCCACGAUCCACCAAUCAAAGAAAGACAGAGACAAAAAAAGAAGAGAAAAAAACUUGCAAAAGAAUUCAAACAUAAACAAAAACCCAUUUUCUCUCUCUUCUUUCUAAUUUUCUUUUCUUGAUCCAUGCUGCUGAAGGAAAAAGAGAAAAAAAGAAAAAAAGAAAAAAAAAACAGAGAAGACCCAUUAAACCAAAUUGAUUGAAUAUCAAUUCUUGAAUUGAAAGUUUUGAUUUUUAUCAGGAGUGGGUUAAAGAAGAAAACAAAGACCCAUAUUGGCGUAUGUCAAAUCUCCAAUGCUGCGAUCUUUAAAAAGACCAGAAGAAUACAACUGCAUAAUCAAGAGCACAACUUUAUCAAGAACAAGAAAAACCCAGAAAAGCAACAGUAAGUUUGGUGGAUCUUUGAAAGGAAAAGAAAGAUUGGAGGAGAAAAUUUGUGGAUCUGAUGGUGGGUGGGGCAUUAUUGGGAUUGGAAAGAACCAAGAAAGAGCUUAUUUUUUAUUAUUGCGGAGGUGGUGGUGCUGUUGUUGCUAGGAUUGCGGUGGUGAGGCUGCAUAGAAAAAGAAUAUGCAGCUUCACAUCUCGCCUAGCAUGAGAAGCAUCACUAUAUCGAGCAGCAACAGUAGCAGCAGCAACAACAACAAUGGGUUUAUUGACUUGAUGAAGAUCAAGGUCGCAGCUCGCCAUAUAUCUUAUAGAACCCUAUUCCACACCAUUCUUAUUCUUGCUUUUUUGUUACCCUUUGUCUUCAUUCUUACUGCUCUUGUUACCCUUGAAGGUGUCAACAAGUGCUCUUCAUUUGAUUGUUUAGGCAGGCGACUAGGACCAAGGUUUGGUAUAGGGGAUGAUUCAGGGAGGCUGGUUAAAGACUUUUACAAGAUUCUCAAUCAAGUAAACAAGGAGGAAAUCCCAGAUGGUCUGAAGCUCCCAGAUUCUUUUAAUCAACUUGUAUUUGAAAUGAAGAGCAACCAUUAUGAUGCAAAAACAUUUGCUUUCAUGCUGAGGGCUAUGAUGGAGAAAUUUGAAAGGGAAAUUAGAGAAUCUAAAUUUUCAGAGCUCAUGAACAAACACUUUGCUGCAAGUUCCAUUCCAAAAAGCAUCCACUGCCUCUCACUACGUUUGACUGAUGAAUAUUCCUCCAAUGCUCAUGCACGCAAACAGUUACCGUCCCCGGAGUUACUUCCUUUGCUCUCUGACAAUUCUUACCAUCACUUUGUUCUGUCAACUGAUAACAUUUUAGCUGCAUCAGUUGUUGUCACGUCUACUGUCCACUCAUCUCUAAAACCCGAAAAGAUAGUCUUUCAUGUCAUUACUGACAAGAAAACUUAUGCGGGUAUGCAUUCAUGGUUUGCUUUAAACCCAGUCUCCCCUGCUAUUGUGGAAGUGAAAGGUGUCCACCAGUUUGACUGGUUAACAAGGGAGAAUGUUCCAGUGCUUGAAGCUGUAGAGAACCAUAAUGGUAUCAGGAAUUAUUACCAUGGGAAUCACAUUGCUGGGGCCAAUCUCAGCACUACAACUCCACGAAUGUUUGCAUCAAAAUUGCAGGCUAGAAGUCCGAAGUACAUAUCUUUACUCAACCAUCUCCGCAUAUAUUUACCAGAGCUCUUUCCGAACCUCGACAAGGUGGUCUUCUUAGAUGAUGACGUUGUCAUUCAGCAUGAUUUAUCUCCACUUUGGGAAAUUGAUCUUGAGGGAAAGGUUAAUGGAGCUGUUGAAACAUGUAAAGGAGAAGAUGAGUGGGUAAUGUCUAAACAUUUCAGGAACUACUUCAAUUUUUCUCAUCCCCUGAUACUAAAGAACCUGGACCCUGAUGAAUGUGCAUGGGCUUAUGGAAUGAACAUAUUUGAUCUUCAUGCCUGGAGGAAAACAAAUAUAAGAGAAACCUACCAUUCCUGGCUGAAAGAGAACCUGAAGUCGAACCUGACAAUGUGGAAACUUGGUACCCUACCUCCUGCAUUAAUUGCUUUCAAAGGUCAUGUUCAUCCAAUUGAUCCAUCUUGGCAUAUGCUUGGCUUGGGUUAUCAAAAUAAGACCAACAUUGAGAGAGUGAAAAAGGCUGCUGUUAUCCACUAUAAUGGCCAGUCAAAACCGUGGCUGCAGAUUGGCUUUGAGCAUCUUCGACCAUUUUGGACUAAAUAUGUCAGUUACUCCAAUGAUUUUAUUAGGAACUGCCACAUCUUGGAAUCGUAGUUGAUCACAAUAGGUCCAUAGCCGCUAGAACCUAGAGGUGGAACAGAAAAAAGACAAGUGAUUUGUAUCACAUCAGUUAUUUCAUGGCUAGAAAUUUUGUCGGGAUCUAUAUGAGAAGGCAAGCAGAAAAUUUGUCAAGAUGGGCAGGUGUUUCAGGUCUGAAUUCACCAUCAUUCCUCGCAAUUUUGCAUGAAAAGGCCUGCAUCACAAGCACGGGCAUGAGAUUCAUUCUUUCGAUUUGUAACAUAGCAAUCCGUCAUUUAAUUUUUUGAUUGGAAACAAAGAAUACUAUUAUUGGCCUUCCUGCAGGAAGUCUAUUCCGAUUUCUUGGCACAUAUAUAUUCCAAUAAAGCUAUAUACACAGAAGAUCAUAUUGCCAGUGCUGAUUGGUGCAGGGAAGAGGAAGGCUAGAACAGGUCUUUUGUGAGGGCUGCCUCAUUAGCCCACGAAUGUUUUAUCCCUUCAAUUUUUUUUUGUUCUCCUGUUCUUUUUUUUUUUUUUUUUCUUUCAGUUUUGUUAGUAUGCCCCAUUUUUUCUCUCUUAGUUACUUGGAUCAUCAUGGUGAAUUUUAGGAGUAGGAAAAUGGAGAUUGCUUUGUUACUUGGAGAACUAUUUGUUAGGUUAUAUAUCAGUAUUUGUUAUGUACGACAUACAUUUGAAAUGUGCAGAAAAUUCUUUUUUCCCAA